AUGGACGACGAUGGGGUCGCCUACGAUGCGUUCGCGACUGACCGUCUGUGGAAGACGUCGUCCUUCUUUGGAGACCCAGCGACGUACGAAACGUCGCUGUUCGCGCCUAUACAACUCGAUGGCAAGUCCAUGCCCGCCAUAAAGAUAGAUCACCCAUAUGCGCCUAAGAAACCCCUCGAACAGGAGCUGCGGCUUCCUGACAUUGAGUCCUUCGAGUUCGGGCCACUUCCAGAUCUCGAUAGCUUCGACGAAUCUUCAGUAUCGCUCGAGACCCCACCAGUACAUGAGGAAGACGUUUGGCAGGUUGCCUUGGAGCUGGGCCCGGCCAACAAGCAUGUGACCUUUUUCACCUGGGAGUUAUUCGAGCAACCAGAACACGUUGAACGGAAUACGCCGUAUAUAACAGAGUCCGGUCCGGCGGCGUUCGACGCGGCGCUUCUUCAAGAUGAUAGCAGAACGGCUGCGGGGCGGAUACUCAAAGGCGAUGUGCUGCUAGAGUCUCUUUGGAACUUGAGCUUGGGACGUACUUCCAUCCUGUUCUCGUUUAAUACGAAAAGGAAGUCCUUCGAACCCGCCAUAUCAGACGGGAGAGCCUCUGGGGUCAGCCCUCGGACAGCGCAGAGCAUCAUCAAUCAGUUCAUCCAUGGCGGUAAUACCUUUCUCUAUUUACGAUCCUUCGUGGAGCGUACAUUUGCUUCGGCCGACUCUAUAUCGGCAAGAGUAGCCUUAGCUACCGCAGUCUCAAGCCUUCUAUCUACCUUCGAAGAACAUCUUGGUCGGCAAUCCAACAAAAUUAGGUCUAUAUUGCAACUACAGCGCCUAUUCGCCAGACCACGAGAGAUUCUGAAUCAUGUUGCGCAAACCAUCAAUGCGGUGAAGCAUGCGAGAAGCAAUGAACAAUUAUCUUCACUGAUCCAUCAUCGCCUCCUAGAAGCAGAAGAGGGAGACAGCUACAUCCGCCAAUUAUCGUGCCAGAUUCUACGUCAAGUCGCACAACCAAGUAUUGACUUAUUGAGUGAGUGGAUCGGCAUUCGACAGGAACAGGAAACCGUACCAUUCCCAGACCGAGGCGGGUUCGUGGCUGUCAACGACGCCUCUGAACAACAAGGCCCUACGGAGUACAUAUAUCGCUCGGAGUUGAUGCCCCGGUUUGUUAGUCCUGAGGAUGGGAAUACUAUAUUUGAGACCGGCAAUGCCCUUCGUUUUCUGAAGCAUCAUCAUCCGGAGCAUCCACUGGCGCGUCUGGAAAAGUUCGGCGUACAAUCGCCAUUGCUCGAGUGGAAGUUUGGCUGGCAAGAUAUUGAAUCCAUCUCGAUGAAAGCAAAAGCUUACGAAGAUGAGCUUCGUAAUGCAAUCUUGGAGUUUUCGAGCGGUUCAUCGUCGGAGGAACCUACCAUGAUGGCCGCCAAAGACACCUCUUCUCGGCGGACGAUCGAGCUCUCAGACCAUGAGAGAUACCUCCAGGAGUCUAUACAGCUUCUUGAUGGCCCGCCCAAACAACCGAUGAGCGACCUGCCCGAUGAGUUGAAGCUCUUAACAGAACGAGUGCUCGAAGCCCAAGACGCAUCUCCGUUAUCACACACUAACACCUUCUCGCCACCACUCUCAAUAACGUCGACGCUUUCCUUUGGCCCUCUUCUGUCAGCUCAAGCGAAGCUGGUCAACGCGACUACUCUGCGCCUCUUCUUCCGAUCUCACAAGCUCCGCUUACAUCUCGCGCUACAGCGGCAGUAUCAGCUUUUUGGCGACGGUGUAUUCUCGUCAGGCCUAGCUUUGGCACUCUUUGACCCAGAUCGUGAGAGUGUCGAAAGGCACAAGGGCCACAUGAGAAGCGGUGUCCAUAUGGGUUUGCAGCUGGGCUCUCGCGAAAGUUGGCCACCUGCUAGCUCUGAACUACGACUUGCACUUAUGGGCCUGCUCAGUGAAAGCUAUUACUCGUCUGCACUCUUUCAAUCUACACAGAAACUCAAAGAGACACCAGCAACGGUUCGUGAUAAUAACGAACUUCCGGGUCAGCUCAAUUUUGCUGUCCGCCAGCUAGACGAGUCUGCAAUGGAGAAGAUCAUGGAUCCGUACGGAUUGUAUGCGCUCGACUUUUUACGCCUUCAAUACGUACCACCGAGCCCGCUUAAUCUGGUCAUCACGUCCGUCGCAUUAGAGAAGUACGACUACAUUUUCAGGUUCUUGCUUCGACUGUUGCGCAUGAUCUUCGUUGUCGCUCAUCUUCCUCGCCAUUAUCCAGAUUCGGAAUCUCGUCGCUUUAGAACAGAGGCCCACCACUUUGUGACCGCCCUCUCGACAUACAUCUUCCAAACAGGCAUCGCAGAACACUGGGACGCUUUCCAGUCCUACGUGACCAGUCUUGAGAAUCGGAUCGCCGAAGAAGAUGAAGCGCACGAGCUCGGAGUUCGCGUCACAGAAGGUCUCGCCGCCAUCCGCGACGCCCAUGAAAAGUGCCUCGACAGCAUACUUUUCUCUCUACUUCUGCGCCGACGCCAACGCAAAGUCAUGGCUCUCAUAGAAGAGAUCUUCGAACUCAUCCUCCUCUUUGCGAAGAGACAGAAUCCCGACACGAAGGUCGAAGAGAGCGUCAAUGGCAUGUACCUGAAGCUCAGAGGGAAGAUCAAAGUGUUCCUGAAUGUGUGCAGGCAAUUGACGGGGAAGAAAGGAUAUGGCAAGGGGAAGGGAACGGCAGAAGAAGAUACAAUGGAAAGGCUGGGGGUCUUGCUGGAGAUGAACACGUACUUUUCGUAG